AUGGCAGUUAGAAUUUUAAUUGCACUGCUUUUCUUGGGAUCUAUUGCUUUGUCGACAGCAUCGAUAACAACAGACUCUACUGCUACAUCGACUUUAAAUCAAGCAGAAACUACAACGGAAGUCACGGCAGAAACAGUUGGCACAACAGAAACGUCAACUAAUGCAACGAGCGAAACAACUGUAGAUACUGCAGAUACGACAUUUGAUGGUACAGCAGAAACAGCUACAAAUACUGCUGACACAACAACUGAUGUUACAUCAGAAACAGCUACAAAUACUGCAGAUACGACAACUGAUGUUACAACAGAAACAGCUACCAAUACUGCAGAUUCUACAACUGAUGUUAAAACAGAAACAGCUACCAAUACUGCAGAUUCUACAACUGAUGUUAAAACAGAAACAGCUACCAAAACUGCAGAUACGACAGCUGAUGUUACAAAAGAAACAGCUUCAAUUACUGCAGAAUCUACAACUGAUGUUACAACAGAAACAGCUACACAUAUUGCAGAUUCUACAACUGAUGUUCCAACAGAAACAGCUACAAAUACUGCAGAUUCUACAACUGGUGUUACAACAGAAACAGCUACAAAUACUGCAGAUACGACAACUGAUGUAACAACAGAAACAUCUACAAAUACUGCAGAUACGACAACUGAUGUUACAACAGAAACAGCUACAAAUACUGCUGACACAACAACUGAUGUUACAACAGAAACAACAAUUACCACAGAUGCAACAUCUAUAGAGACAACAACUGAUGCAUCAAGUUUAGAAACAACCACAGACGCAACUACAUUAGACACUGCAACUGAGGCAACUACUUUAGAAAGUACAACUGAAGUAACAACCUUAGUAGAUACAACUGAAGAAACUACCAUAGAAACAACAACUGAAGGAACUACUUUAGAAACUACAACUAAAGAAACAACUUUAGUAGAUACAACUGUAGAAACAACAAUAGAAACAACAACUGAAGUAACUACCUUAGUAGAUACAACUGAAGAAACUACUUUAGAAACAACAACUGAAGGAACUACAUUAGAAACUACUACUGAAGGAACUACAUUAGAAACUACAACUGAAGGAACUACCUUAGAAACUACAACUGAAGGAACUACAUUAGAAACUACAAAUGAGGGAACUACGUCAGAAACUACAACUGAAGGAACUACCUUAGAUUCUACAAAUGAGGGAACUACCCUAGAAACUACAACUGAAGGAACUACCUUAGAAACUGCAACUGAAGGAACUACAUUAGAAACUACAACUGAAGGAACCACCUUAGAAACUACAACUGAGGGAACUACCUUAAUAGAUACAACUGAUGGAACUACCUUAGAAACAACAACUGAGGGAACUUACUUAGAAACUACAACUGAAAGAAGUACCUUAGAAACUUCAACUGAAGGAACUACCUUAUAUACUUCAACUGAGAGACCUACCUUAGAAACUACAACUGAGGGAACUACUUUAGAAACUACAACUGAAGGAACUACCUUAGAAACUACAACUGAAAGAACUACCUUAGAAACUUCAACUGAAGGAACUACAUUAGAAAUAACAACUGAGAGAACUACUUCAGAAACUACAACUGAAGGAACUACCUUAGAAACUACAACUGAUGGAACUACCUCAUAUACUACAACUGAAGUAACUACCUUAGAAACAACAACUGAAGGAACUACCUUAGAAACUACAACUGAAGGAACUACCUUAGAAACUACAACUGAGGGAACUACCUUAGAAACUACAACUGAAGGAACUACCUUAGAAACUACAACUGAAGGAACUACCUUGGAAACUUCAACUGAAAGAACUACCUUAGAAACUUCAACUGAAGGUACUACAUUAGAAAUAACAACUGAGGGAACUACUUCAGAAACAACAACUGAAGGAACUACCUUAGAAACUACAACUGAAGGAACUACCUUAGAAACUACAACUGAGGGAACUAUCUUAUAUACUACAACUGAGGUAACUACUUUAGUAGAUACAACUGAAGGAACUACCUUAGAAACUACAACUGAAGGAACUUCCUUAGAAACUACAACUGAGGGAACUACUACAGAAACUACAACUGAAGGAACUACCUUAGAAACUACAACUGAAGGAACUACCUUAGAAACUACAACUGAAGGAACUACCAUAGUAACUACAGCUGAAGGAACUACCUUAGAAACUACAACUGAAGGAACUACAUUAGAAACUACAACUGAAGGAAAUACCUUAGAUACUACAACUGAAGGAACUACCUUAGAUACUACAACUGAAGGAACUACCUUAGUAGAUACAACUGAAGGAACUACCUUAGAAACAACAACUGAAGGAACUACCUUAGAUACUACAACUGAAGGAACUACCUUAGAUACUACAACUGAAGGAACUACCUUAGUAGAUACAACUGAAGGAACUACCUUAGAAACAACAACUGAAGGAACUACCUUAGAUACUACAACUGAAGGAACUACCUUAGAUACUACAACUGAAGGAACUACCUUAGUAGAUACAACUGAAGGAACUACCUUAGAAACUACAACUGAAGGAACUACCUUAGAUACUACAAAUGAGGGAACUACUCUAGAAACUACAACUUUAGGAACUACCUUAGAAACUGCAACUGAAGGAACUACCUUAGAAACUACAACUGAAGCAACUACCUUAGAAACUACAACUGAAGGAACUACCUUAGAAACAACAACUGAAGGAACUACCAUAGAAACUACAACUGAAAAAACUACCUUAGAAACUUCAACUGAAGGUACUACAUUAGAAACUACAACUUUAGGAACUACCUUAGAAACUGCAACUGAAGGAACUACCUUAGAAACUACAACUGAGGGAACUACCUUAGUAGAUACAACUGAAGGAACUACCUUAGAAACUACAACUGAGGGAACUACCUUAGAAACUACAACUUUAAGAACUACCUUAGAAACUGCAACUGAAGGAACUACCUUACAAACUACAACUGAAGGAACUACAUUAGAAACUACAACUGAAGGAACUUCCUUAGAAACUACAACUGAAGGAACUACAUUAGAAGCUACAACUGAGGGAACCACCUUAGAAACUACAACUGAGGGAACUACCUUAGUAGAUACAACUGAAGGAACUACCUUAAAAACAACAACUGAAGGAACUACAUUAGAAACUACAACUGAAGGAAAUACCUUAGAUACUACAACUGAAGGAACUACCUUAGAUACUACAACUGAAGGAACUACCUUAGUAGAUACAACUGAAGGAACUACCUUAGAAACAACAACUGAAGGAACUACCUUAGAUACUACAACUGAAGGAACUACCUUAGAUACUACAACUGAAGGAACUACCUUAGUAGAUACAACUGAAGGAACAACCUUAGAAACAACAACUGAAGGAACUACCUUAGAUACUACAACUGAAGGAACUACCUUAGAUACUCCAACUGAAGGAACUACCUUAGUAGAUACAACUGAAGGAACUACCUUAGAUACUACAAAUGAGGGAACUACCUUAGAAACUACAACUGAAGGAACUACCUUAGAUACUACAAUUGAAGUAACUACCUUAGAAACAACAACUGAAGGAACUACCUUAGAAACUACAACUAAAGGAACUACCUUAGAAACUACAACUGAGGGAACUACCUUAGAAACUACAACUGAAGGAACUUCCUUAGAAACUACAACUGAGGGAACUACUUCAGAAACUACAACUGAAGGAACUACCUUAGAAACUACAACUGAAGGAACUACCUUAGAUACUACAACUGAAGGAACUACCUUAGAAACGACAACUGAAGGAACUACCUUAGAAACUACAACUGAAGGAACUACCUUAGAAACGACAACUGAAGGAACUACCUUAGAAACUACAACUGAAGGAACUACCUUAGAAACUACAACUGAAAGAACUACCUUAGAAACUUCAACUGAAGGAACUACGUUAGAAAUAACAACUGAGGGAACUACCUCAGAAACUACAACUGAAGGAACUACCAUAGAAACUACAGCUGAAGGAACUACCUUAGAAACUACAACUGAAGGAACUACAUUAGAAACUACAACUGAAGGAACUACCUUAGAUACUACAACUGAAGGAACUACCUUAGAAACGACAACUGAAGGAACUACCUUAGAAACUACAACUGAAGGAACUACCUUAGAUACUACAAAUGAGGGAACUACCUUAGAAACUACAACUGAAGGAACUACCUCAGAAACUACAACUGAAGGAACUACCUUAGAAACUACAACUGAAGGAACUACCUUAGAAACUACAACUGAAAGAACUACCUUAGAAACUUCAACUGAAGGUACUACAUUAGAAACUACAACUUUAGGAACUACCUUAGAAACUGCAACUGAAGGAACUACCUUAGAAACUACAACUGAAGGAACUACCUUAGAAACUACAACUGAAGGAACUACCUUAGAAACUACAACUGAAGGAACUACCUUAGAAACUACAACUGAAAGAACUACCUUAGAAACUUCAACUGAAGGUACUACAUUAGAAACUACAACUUUAGGAACUACCUUAGAAACUGCAACUGAAGGAACUACCUUAGAAACUACAACUGAGGGAACUACCUUAGUAGAUACAACUGAGGGAACUACUCCAGAAACUACAACUUUAGGAACUACCUUAGAAACUGCAACUGAAGGAACUACCUUAGAAACUACAACUGAAGGAACUACAUUAGAAACUACAACUGAAGGAACUACCUUAGAAACUACAACUGAAGGAACUACAUUAGAAACUACAACUGAAGGAACCACCUUAGAAACUACAACUGAGGGAACUACCUUAGUAGAUACAACUGAAGGAACUACCUUAGAAACAACAACUGAGGGAACUUCCUUAGAAACUACAACUGAAGGAACAACAUUAUAUACUACAACUGAAGGAACAACCUUAUAUACUACAACUGAGGGAACUGCCUUAGAAACUACAACUGAGGGAACUACCUUAGAAACUACAACUGAAGGAACUACCUUAGAAACUACAACUGAAAGAACUACCUUAGAAACUUCAACUGAAGGAACUACAUUAGAAAUAACAACUGAGGGAACUACUUCAGAAACUACAAAUGAAGUAACUACCUUAGACACAACAACUGAAGGAACUUCCUUAGAAACUACAACUAAAGGAACUACCUUAGAAACUACAACUGAGGGAACUACCUUAGAAACUUCAACUGAAGGAACUACCUUAGAAACUACAACUGAAGGAACUACUUUAGAAACUACAACUGAAAGAAUUAACUUAGAAACUUCAACUGAAGAUACUACAUUAGAAAUAACAACUGAGGGAACUACGUCAGAAACUACAACUGAAGGAACUACCUUAGAAACUACAACUGAAGGAACUACCUUAGAAACUACAACUGAAAGAACUACCUUAGAAACUUCAACUGAAGGUACUACAUUAGAAACUACAACUUUAGGAACUACCUUAGAAACUGCAACUGAAGGAACUACCUUAGAAACUACAACUGAGGGAACUACCUCAGUAGAUACAACUGAGGGAACUACUCCAGAAACUACAACUUUAGGAACUACCUUAGAAACUGCAACUGAAGGAACUACCUUAGAAACUACAACUGAAGGAACUACAUUAGAAACUACAACUGAAGGAACUACCUUAGAAACUACAACUGAAGGAACUACAUUAGAAACUACAACUGAAGGAACUACCUUAGAAACUACAACUGACAGAACUACCUUAGAAACUUCAACUGAAGGAACUACAUUAGAAAUAACAACUAAGGGAACUACUUCAGAAACUACAACUGAAGGAACUACCUUAGAAACUACAACUGAAGGAACUACAUUAGAAACUACAACUGAAGGAACCACCUUAGAAACUACAACUGAGGGAACUACCUUAGAUACUACAAUUGAAGUAACUACCUUAGAAACAACAACUGAAGGAACUACCUUAGAAACUACAACUAAAGGAACUACCUUAGAAACUACAACUGAGGGAACUACCUUAGAAACUACAACUGAAGGAACUUCCUUAGAAACUACAACUGAGGGAACUACUUCAGAAACUACAACUGAAGGAACUACCUUAGAAACUACAACUGAAGGAACUACCUUAGAUACUACAACUGAAGGAACUACAUUAGAAACUACAACUGAAGGAACUACCUUAGAAACUACAACUGAAGGAACUACAUUAGAAACUACAACUGAAGGAACUACCUUAGAAACUACAACUGAAGGAACUACAUUAGAAACUACAACUGAAGGAACUACCUUAGAAACGACAACUGAAGGAACUACCUUAGAAACUACAACUGAAGGAACUACCUUAGAAACUACAACUGAAAGAACUACCUUAGAAACUUCAACUGAAGGAACUACGUUAGAAAUAACAACUGAGGGAACUACCUCAGAAACUACAACUGAAGGAACUACCAUAGAAACUACAGCUGAAGGAACUACCUUAGAAACUACAACUGAAGGAACUACAUUAGAAACUACAACUGAAGGAACUACCUUAGAUACUACAACUGAAGGAACUACCAUAGAAACUACAACUGAAGGAACUACCUUAGAAACUACAACUGAAGGAACUACAUUAGAAACUACAACUGAAGGAACUACCUUAGAUACUACAACUGAAGGAACUACCUUAGAAACGACAACUGAAGGAACUACCUUAGAAACUACAACUGAAGGAACUACCUUAGAUACUACAAAUGAGGGAACUACCUUAGAAACUACAACUGAAGGAACUACCUCAGAAACUACAACUGAAGGAACUACCUUAGAAACUACAACUGAAGGAACUACCUUAGAAACUACAACUGAAAGAACUACCUUAGAAACUUCAACUGAAGGUACUACAUUAGAAACUACAACUUUAGGAACUACCUUAGAAACUGCAACUGAAGGAACUACCUUAGAAACUACAACUGAAGGAACUACCUUAGAAACUACAACUGAAGGAACUACCUUAGAAACUACAACUGAAGGAACUACCUUAGAAACAACAACUGAGGGAAGUACCUUAGAAACUACAACUGAAGGAACUACUUUAGAAACUACAACUGAAGGAACUACUUUAGAAACUAUAACUGAAGUACCUACCUUAGAAACUACAACUGAAGGAACUACCUUAGAAAUUACAACUGAAGGAACUACCUUAGAAACUACAACUGAAGGAACUACUUUAGAAACUACAACUGCAGGAAGUACCUUAGAAACUACAACUGCAGGAACUACCUUAGAAACUACCUCUGAGGCUUCAAUGUUAGAAUCUACAACUGAAGUUUCAACGUUAGAAUCUACAACUGAGGCGACUACUACACAGACAACAACAUUUGAAUAUACAACAGCUGCAACGACAUUGGAAACCACAAAACCGCCAGAUAUCCCAACCCAGCCAGGAACAACAACAACAAUGUCAACAACAACUUCUACACAAACAACAACCACAGUACAGACAACUUCAGCUGCAGCACGUGCUUCAGAAUUUAUGGCAUUCGGAGAAACAACUGCUGAUUCACGACUAUACGGAGAUGAUGUGUCAACAUAUAACUUAGGAUGUUUCACAUCAAUUCCUUUCUUGGGUGACAGUUACAGCUACUUGACAUUUUCUUCAAAUGGUCUAGCAUGCAUGGGUUGCAGAUAUACUUCUUAUGUUCCAAGAGAAUUGAAUGUGUUUUCAGAAAGAGAUAUCAUAGCUGCAUUAUGGACAGAUUUGGUUGUAUCUAGAUCAACGGAGAAGAUGUUUUAUCAUCUCUAUAGUGAUGAUGAUGAAAAUGGAGAUAGAACACUGAUUGAUUCAGUGUUGAAUAAAGUUUCUUCUAAUGUCAAUUAUUACGCUCGAACAAGUGAUUUUUCAGCAUCUUGUGUGUAUAUAGCUACAUGGGAAAAUGCAAGGCUAUAUGGUGAUUAUAAAACUGUAACAUUUCAAUUUAUUUUGGCAACAAAUGGUGAAAAGACCUAUGCUUACUCCUUGUUUAAGGAUGUCACUAUCCUGUCUCCACCUGGUGGCAGACAGUGUGCUAUAGGAUAUUCUGGAUUAGGUGGACACAAAUCAAGUAUAUACUCCUUCACAGAAAGUGCCUUUGACGUUAGUAGAUUUAGAGGGAACACAUUUGAUGGUGCAAAUGGUGUAUAUUUUAUGUCACUUAACUUAAACGGUCCAGUACCACAGAAUCCAGCUUCUCAGUGUGUGAGAUGGUAUCGUAAGAAUGUUAAUUCAGUUCAAUGGAGCUUGAGAAAUAGGAGAUGGUGGUUAGCUAAUAUUUGUCCUUGCAAUCAGAGAAUGAUGGUUUUUGAUGGAAGAUUUUAUUUCUUUUCAUAUCAAAAUAAUGCGGUGUGCUUUGCCAACUACAGAUUUGGUAUCAGUCGUAUUUGUUGUUAUCACCAGUUCUAUGGGUUCCUGCUUAGGAAUAGUCCAGAUGCUGGUACUAUGGUUACAGGGAAUCCUUUUACUGAUAUUGUUACAUACCAACAAGAUAAUGUCAUACCUAAAGAAAAUUGUUGUGAAAAAUCAAAUAAUUGUCAUCUGUACUACAGAGUAAGACCAGUGGGGUUUUGUUACAGGCGGUCACCAUUUGGUAUAUUCUUUACCUUUGGAGAUCCUCAUGUUGACACAUUGGAUGGAUUUCAAUACACAUUUAACGGCUGGGGGGAAUACACAAUGAUGAAGAUUACAAAUGAAAAUGUAACCUUCGAAGUUCAAGCUAGAACAGACUUAGCUACUUCAAAGAAUGGAACUGACCUAAAGAAAAUAAACGCGACUAUAUUUAGUGGUUUUGCUGCAAAAGAAGAUGGAAAUGCAACAAUGCAAGUAGAACUAGCCAGUGAUUUGGAAACAUUGGUAGUUUAUGGUAACGGAAAUGACUACACAACACGGUUUAAUACUGAAGAUAACUUUGCUGUUUUUCUACCUGGGAUUGUGUUGAGACGUCAAAACCAUACACUUGCUGUUGCUUUCUCCGAGUCAGGGAUUCAGUUAAACUUUCAGGUAAAAACUCGGCAGUUGACUUUAUCAGCAUCAGUUCCUGAGGAUUUUAAAGCCCAAGUUCAAGGUCUUAUGGGAAACUUUGAUGGCGACAAAACCAAUGAAUUUAUAUUACCAAAUGGAAAUGUACUUCAACCUAGUGAUAUUGAUUCUGAAAGAAAAAUCUAUAACAAUUUUGGUCAGCUGUGGGAGACAACUGCAUCCAAUUCAAUAUUUGAUUAUGCUGAUGGGAAAUCCUGGGUUGAUUUCAGUCACCAAGAUUUUGUUCCAUUGUUUAUUGAUGAGUUUGAUAAUAGUACCCUCCAGUCAGCUUAUAGCGUCUGUGGUGGCAGAACUGACCAAUAUAAAGCUUGUAUCUUUGAUUACUUAGCAACUGGUGAUCAGUCAUUUGCUGAUGAUACCCAAUCAACAAAUGUGGAAGCUGAGUCUGAAACUGCACAAUUGCAAAAUGAGGCACCAGAAAUAGAGGGAGAAGAAUCUAUCAAAGUUGUAGUAAAUCAACCUAUAAGUUUCAACUUCCAAGGUCAGGAUGAUAAACCAGGUUUUAGAUACAGUAUAAUAGAUCAGCCAAAUGGAGGCACUUUUGCAGCUAAUGAUUCUACAGGGAAUUUGAUAUUAACAUGGACACCUGCAAAUCUAGAUACAGAAAAAAUCAGGGUAACUACUGUGGACAGUGAUGGUGUAACAGCAGACGCUAUAGAGGUGAUCAUUAUGGCGUGUAGUGGAUGUACAGGUGACCACGGAACAUGUGACUAUGACAAUCUGAGAAAUGAAUCCAAUCCAAACUACGUCAUUGCCUCAUGUAACUGUACAACUGGUUGGUCUGGUGAUGACUGUGAAAUUAACACAGAUGGUUGUGCUGAUAACCCAUGUGCUUUGGGACGUACCUGUUUAGAUCUAUUACCAGCUGAUGAAAUAUCACUUGGUCGUGGUUACAACUGUUCUAAUUGUCCACUAGGCUAUAGUAUUACAGCCGAUGAAAAAUGUGAAGAUAUAAAUGAAUGUUUAGAUGGAACAGAUAACUGUCCAGCAAACAGUAAUUGUACAAACACCGAUGGAAGCUUUACAUGCAACUGUCUUGCAGGGUUCCGAAAAGUGGGUUCUGAAUGUCAAGACAUUGACGAAUGCACCGAAAGGACAAGUGGCUGUGAUCAAAAUUGUGCUAAUAGCGAUGGAAGCUUUACAUGUAGUUGUGUGUAUGGAUUUGAGCUGAUAGCUGAUGGUAAAUGUAAUCAAACAAUAUUUAACUUCUGUGCACUGCAGAAUUUAAUCUGUGAAUAUGGUUGUGAUAAUACUACAAAUCUAGGAACGUGGGAGUGCAUAUGUCAAGAAGGGUUUCUACUUGAUAGAGCCAGUGGCAAUUGUUCUAAUAUAAAUGAAUGUGAUGCUAAUGUAUGUACACAGAACUGUCAGGAUACUGUUGGUAGCUACACCUGUUCCUGUUAUACAGGAUUCGAAUUAAAUGCUGAUAAAACAUCUUGUUCAGCCUGUGUGAAUCCAUUUUAUGGUGACAACUGUGCAAGUCAAUGCAGCUGUGGACCAGGGGCUGACAGGUGUGAUCCUAGUCGUGGAUGUGUUUGUAACAGCGCCUGGACUGGAGAUAAUUGUGACGUUGAUGUCAAUGAAUGUGUAGAUAAUCCAGGCAUAUGUAUAAAUGGCGACAAGACUUGUGUAAACGAAGAUGGCGGCUAUCAAUGUAAUUGUGGAUCUGGUUAUGAAAAAGUGUCUGCAGACGACAGCGUUCCUUGUGCAGAUGUAAAUGAAUGUAGUAGUGCAACGACAAACAAUUGUUCAGCAACAGUUUCAACGUGUCAAAAUACAGAUGGCGGAUAUACGUGUAGAUGUAACACUGGCUACCAAACAAUAAAUCCCUACGAAUGUGAAGAUGUAAAUGAGUGUACAACAGAGUCUGAUGAUUGUGAACAAGACUGUGUCAAUAAUGUGGGAAGUUAUAACUGUCGAUGUUUCUUUGGUUAUGAACUCAACACGGACAGAAAAACUUGUAAACAAGUGUCUGAUCCAUGUGGUACCCUGAGUAACCUGACCUGUAGUUAUGCAUGCAGACUAAAAGACAACACUGUAUUUUGUUAUUGUCAAUCUGGAUAUAAACUACUGGCUGAUAACCAGACUUGUACAGAUAUAAAUGAAUGUGAUGAUGAUAGUAAAAAUCUGUGUACAGAUAAGUCGACUUGCUCCAAUAUAGCAGGAAGUUUCAAAUGUAGUUGUCCAAUUGGUCAGUUUUUGGAGAAUGACCAAAGAACUUGUUCAAAUUGUGAUCAGUAUCACUGGGGUGAUAACUGUAAUAAUACAUGUAACUGUGGUGCUGGGGCAGAGAGGUGUGACAAAAUUACUGGGUGUGUGUGUAAAUCAGGAUGGCAGGGGACUCUGUGUGAUGCUGAUAUCAAUGAGUGUAGUGGUGGAGUCAACCCGUGUGAUACCUCCCCCAACCAAAGAUGUGUCAACACACCUGGCUCAUUUGUCUGCCAGUGUGUGGCUGGUUAUCAGAAUGACACAGUCACAGGAACUUGUACUGAUAUAAAUGAGUGUGAUAACAAUCCAUGUGAUCAGUUAUGUACUAAUACAGAUGGAAGCUAUACAUGUAGUUGUAGAACUGGCUUUACAAAAGAUGCUAAUGACAAAUGUCAAGAUAUCAAUGAAUGUGACACAACCUUGAACAAGUGUGACCAGAACUGUCUUAAUACUCCAGGAAGUUAUAAAUGUUCUUGUAAUAAUGGAUACAUACUCAGCCCAACAGACCAGAGGACAUGCAACAUAAAGACCGAAUGUACCAGUUUCAAUUGUACCGCGCCAGGAACGUGUGCAGUCAAAUCUGAUGGAGCAGAAUACUGUACAUGUCCUACAGGAUACAAUCUAACCAUGACUGAUAAUAUUACUGGAAUCUGUGAAAACAUAGACGAGUGUGAGCCAAGCAAUCCAUGUGCUGAUAUGUGUACUGAUAAAACACCAGGAUACAAAUGCUCCUGUACCAAAAAUGGUACAAAACUGGACAGCGAUGAACAAAGUUGUAAAGCUUGUGCUGAAGGAGAAUGGGGACAGAACUGUGUUGAAAACUGUACAUGUGUGACAGAAAACACCAAUUCUUGUAACAAAACAGAUGGAAAUUGUAAUUGUAAAACUGGCUGGAAGGGAGAUAACUGUGAUACAGAUAUCAAUGAAUGUGACAACGCAACAAUAUGCCAGGCUAACUCAUUGUGUGAAAACACCAAUGGAUCCUAUGUUUGUAUCUGUAAUGAGGGUUAUUAUAACUCUGCAGAUGUUUGUCAAGUAUGUGGUUCUAACACAUUUGGUAAAGACUGUGCACAGACCUGUAGCUGUGUUGUUACCAAUACAGAUUCCUGUAAUAAUGUUGAUGGUAGUUGUAUAUGUAAAACUGGUUGGAAAGGAACCACCUGUUCUGUGGAUGUUGAUGAGUGUACAGUUACUCCCUAUAUAUGUAACACUACAUCUAAUUCUGAAUGUAACAAUUUAAAUGGUACCCAUAAAUGCAAUUGUGUUACUGGAUACCAGAAAAUAGCUGAUGGAAGUUGCCAAGAAUGUGGCAGUUCAAACUAUGGAGAUAGCUGUUCUCAGGCCUGUACUUGUAUUGUUGCCAAUACAAGGGACUGUAACAAUGUUAAUGGUAGUUGUACUUGUAAAAAUGAAUGGAAGGGAGCCAACUGUGACAUGGACAUAAACGAAUGUGAUGAUGCAACAACUUGUGACGGCAUUCCCUAUUCAACUUGUCAAAAUUCAGUUGGUUCUUACGACUGUGUCUGUAAUGCUGGAUAUCAGAAAAAUUCUUCUAAUCUCUGUGAUAACAUUAAUGAAUGUGGUAGUAGUUUGAACAACUGUACAGAAAAUGCUUCCUGUUUUGAUACGGAUGGCAGUUUUGAUUGUGUCUGUGACUCAGGGUAUACUGGUCAAGGAGAUGUAAAUUGCACAGUGAGUGUUCCAACAACAACAUAUACACCUGUAUCUGGUGAAUUAAAAGUAGAAGUAAUCCUGACUAUAAAUGUAACACCCAAUGAUGAAAUAAACAAUGAAAAUUCUGUGUACUAUCAAGAAUUAUUCAAUGAGACUUUUAUAGUGUUGACAAAUUACUACUCUAAUUCAGCUGCAACAAAAGACAAUUUCAUUAAAAUUGUCGUGUAUAGAAUAAGCAAAGGAAGUUUAGUUGUGAAUCAUGCAGUCAUAAUGAAUUCAACAUCUACGACUGGCCAAAAUCAGGUUGCUGCUGCCACCAAUAAUCUUGUAAAUGGUGGUGCUACACUUACAAUUGGUUUUGUUACAGCAGGUGCAACUAACGCUGCCAUUUAUGCACCAGGAGGAAAUGUUACAACAUCUACAACUAUUUGUGGCACAUUCAAUACAUUGAACACAUGUCCAACAGGUCAGGAAUGUUCUAUCGAUGGUAACGGCGUACCCUAUUGUGCGCCAAUUGAGAGUACAGAAUUUAUGGCAUUCGGAGAAACAACUGCUGAUUCACGACUUUACGGAGAUGAUGUGUCAACAUAUAACUUAGGAUGUUUCACAUCAAUUCCUUUCUUGGGUGACAGUUACAGCUACCUGACAUUUUCUUCAAAUGGUCUGGCAUGCAUGGGAUGCAGAUAUACUUCCUAUGUUCCAAGAGAAUUGAACGUGUUCACAGAAAGAGAUGUUAUAGCUGCAUUAUGGACAGAUUUGGUUGUAUCUAGCUCAACGGAGAAGAUGUUCUAUCAUCUUUAUAGUGAUGAUGAUGAAAAUGGAGAUAGAACACUGAUUGAUUCAGUGUUGAAUAAAGUUUCUUCUAAUGUCAAUUAUUACGCUAGAACAAGUGACUUUUCAGCAUCUUGUGUGUAUAUUGCUACAUGGGAAAAUGCAAGGCUAUAUGGUGAUUUUAAAACUGUAACAUUUCAAUUUAUUUUGGCAACAAAUGGUGAAAAGACCUAUGCUUACUCCUUGUUUAAGGAUGUCAAUAUCCUGUCUCCACCUGGUGGCAGACAAUGUGCUAUAGGAUAUUCUGGAUUAGGUGGAUCCAAAUCAAGUAUAUACUCCUUCACAGAAAGUGCUUUUGACGUUAGUGAAUUUAGAGGAAACACAUUUGAUGGUGCAAAUGGUGUAUAUUUUAUGUCGCUUAACUUAAACGGUCCAGUACCACAUAACCCAGCAUCUCAGUGUGUGAGGUGGUAUCGUGAGAAUGUUAUUUCAGUUCAAAGGAGCUUGAGAAAUAUGAGAUGGUGGUCAGCUAAUAUUUGUCCUUGCAAUCAGAGAAUGAUGGUUUUUGAUGGAAGAUUUUAUUUCUUUUCAUAUCAAAAUAAUGCAGUGUGCUUUGCCAACUACAGAUUUGGUAUCAGUCGUAUUUGUUGUUAUCACCAGUUCUAUGGGUUCCUGCUUAGGAAUAGUCCAGAUGCUGGUACUAUGGUUACAGGGAAUCCUUUUACUGAUAUUGUUACAUACCAACAAGAUAAUGUCAUACCUAAAGAAAAUUGUUGUGAAAAAUCAAAUAAUUGUCAUCUGUACUAUAGCGUAAGACCAGUGGGAUUUUGUUACAGGCGGUCACCAUUUGGUAUAUUCUUUACCUUUGGAGAUCCUCAUGUUGACACAUUGGAUGGAUUUCAAUACACAUUCAACGGCUGGGGUGAAUACACAAUGAUGAAGAUAACAAAUGAAAAUGUAACCUUUGAAAUUCAAGCUAGAACAGACUUAGCUACUUCAAAGAAUGGAACUGACCUAAAGAAAAUAAAUGCGACUAUAUUUAGUGGUUUUGCUGCAAAAGAAGACGAAAAUGCCACUAUGCAAGUAGAACUAGCCAGUGAUUUGGAAACAUUGGUAGUUUAUGGUAACGGAAAUGACUACACAACACGGUUUAAUACUGAAGAUAACUUUGAAGUUUUUCUAACUGGGAUUGUGUUGAGACGUCAAAAUCAUACACUUGCUGUUGCUUUCACAGAGUCAGGGAUUCAGUUAAACUUUCAGGUAAAAACUCGGCAGUUGACUUUGUCAGCAUCAGUUCCUGAGGAUUUUAAAGGUCAAGUUAAAGGUCUUAUGGGAAACUUUGAUGGCGACAAAACCAAUGAAUUUAUAUUACCAAAUGGAAAUGUACUUACACCUGGUGAUGUGGAUACUGAAAGAAAAAUCUAUAACAAUUUUGGUCAGCUGUGGGAGACAACUGCAGCCAAUUCAAUAUUUGAUUAUACUGAUGGGAAAUCCUGGGUUGAUUACAGUCACCAAGAUUUUGUUCCAUUGUUUAUUGAUGAGUUUGAUAAUAGUACCCUCCAGUCAGCUUAUAGCAUAUGUGGUGGCAGUACUGACCAAUAUAAAGCUUGUAUCUUUGAUUACUUAGCAACUGGUGAUCAAUCAUUUGCUGAUGAUACUCAAUCAACAAAUGUGGAAGCUGAGUCUGAAACUGCACAAUUACAAAAUGAGGCCCCAGAAAUAGAAGGAGAACCCUCUAUAAAAGUUGUAGUAAAUCAACCUAUAAGUCUCAACUUCCAAGGUCAGGAUGAUAAACCAGGUUUUAUAUACAGUAUAAUAGAUCAGCCAAGUGGAGGCACUUUUGCAUCUAAUGAUUCUACAGGAAAUUUGACAUUAACAUGGACACCUGCAAAUCUAGAUACAGAAAAAAUCAGGGUAACAACUGUGGACAGUGAUGGUGUAACAGCAGAUGCUAUAGAGGUGAUCAUUAUGGCGUGUAGUGGAUGUACAGGUGACCACGGAACAUGUGACUAUGACAAUCUGAGAAAUGAAUCCAAUCCAAACUAUGUGAUAGCCUCAUGUAACUGUACAACUGGUUGGUCUGGUGAUGACUGUGAGAUUGAUACAGAUGGUUGUGCUGAUAACCCGUGUGCUUUAGGACGUACCUGUUUAGAUUUAUUACCAGCUGAUGAAGUAUCUCUUGGUCGUGGUUACAACUGUUCUAAUUGUCCACUAGGCUAUAGUAUUACAGUCGAUGAAAAAUGUGAAGAUAUAAAUGAAUGUUUAGAUGGAACAGAUAACUGUCCAGCAAACAGUAUUUGUACAAACACAGAUGGAAGCUUUACAUGUAACUGUCUUGCAGGGUUCCGAAAAGUGGGUUCUCUAUGUCAAGACAUUGACGAAUGCACCGAAAGGACAAGUGGCUGUGAUCAAAAUUGUGCUAAUAGUGAUGGAAGCUUUACAUGUAGUUGUGUGUAUGGAUUUGAGCUGAUAGCUGAUGGUAAAUGUAAUCAAACAAUAUUUAAUUUCUGUGCACUGCAGAAUUUAACCUGUGAAUAUGGUUGUGAUAAUACUACAAAUCCAGGAACAUGGAAGUGCAUAUGUCAAGAAGGGUUUCUACUUGAUAGAGUCAGUGGCAAUUGUUCUAAUAUAAAUGAAUGUGAUGCUAAUGUAUGUACACAGAACUGUCAGGAUACUGUUGGUAGCUAUACCUGUUCCUGUUAUACAGGAUUCAAAUUAAAUGCUGAUAAAACCUCUUGUUCAGCCUGUGUGAAUCCAUUUUAUGGUGACAACUGUGCAAGUCAAUGUAGCUGUGGACCUGGAGCUGACAGGUGUGAUCCAAGUCGUGGAUGUGUUUGUAAUAGUGCCUGGUUUGGAAAUAAUUGUGAAGUUGAUGUCAAUGAAUGUGUAGAUAAUCCGGGCAUAUGUAUAAAUGGCGACAAGACUUGUGUAAACGAAGAUGGCGGCUAUCAAUGUAAUUGUGGAUCUGGGUACGAAAAAGUGUCUGCAGUUGACAGUGUUCCUUGUGCAGAUAUAAAUGAAUGUAGUAGUGCAACAACAAACAAUUGUUCAGCCACAGUUUCAACGUGUCAGAAUACAGAUGGUGGAUAUACCUGUAGAUGUAACACUGGCUACCAAACAAUUAAUGCAUACCAAUGUGAAGAUGUAAACGAGUGUACAACAGAGUCUGAUGAUUGUGAACAAGAUUGUGUCAACAAUGUGGGAAGUUAUAACUGUCGAUGUUUCUUUGGUUAUGAACUCAACACGGACAGAAAAACUUGUAAACAAGUGUCUGAUCCAUGUCGUACCCUGAGUAAUCUGACCUGUAGUUAUGCAUGCAGACUAAAAGACAACACUGCAUUUUGUUAUUGUCAAUCAGGAUAUGUACUACUGGCUGAUAACCAAACUUGUACAGAUAUAAAUGAAUGUGCUGAUGACAGUAAAAAUCUGUGUACAGAUAAGUCAACUUGCUCCAAUAUAGCAGGAAGUUUCAAAUGUAGUUGUCCAAUUGGUCAGUUUUUGGAGAAUGACCAAAGAACUUGUUCAAAUUGUGAUCAGUUUCACUGGGGUGACAACUGUAAUUAUACCUGUAACUGUGGGGCCGGGGAAGAGAGGUGUGACAGCAUUACUGGGUGUGUGUGUAAAUCAGGAUGGCAGGGGACACUGUGUGAUGCUGAUAUCAAUGAGUGUAGUGGUGCAGUCAACCCAUGUGAUACCUCUAACAAACAAAGAUGUGUCAACACACCUGGCUCAUUUGUCUGCCAGUGUAUGACUGGUUAUCAGAAUGACACAGUCACAGGAACUUGUACUGAUAUAAAUGAGUGUGAUAACAAUCCAUGUGAUCACUUAUGUACUAAUACAGAAGGAAGCUAUACAUGUAGUUGUAGACCUGGCUUUACAAAAGAUGAUAAUGACAAAUGUCAAGAUAUCAAUGAAUGUGACACAACUUUGAACAAGUGUGACCAGAACUGUCUUAAUACUCCAGGAAGUUAUAAAUGUUCUUGUAAUGAUGGAUACAUACUCAGCCCAAAAGACCAGAGGACAUGUGACAUAAAAACCGAAUGUACCAAUUUCAAUUGUACCGCACCAGGAACGUGUGCAGUCAAAUCUGAUGAAGCAGAAUACUGUACUUGUCCAACAGGAUACAAUCUAACAAUGAUGGCUGAUAAUAUUACUGGAAUCUGUGAAAACAUAGACGAGUGUGAGCCAAGCAAACCAUGUGCUGAUAUGUGUACUGAUGAAACACCAGGGUACGAAUGCUCCUGUACCAAAUUUGGUACAAAACUGGACAGCGAUGAACAAAGUUGUACAGCUUGUGCUGAAGGAGAAUGGGGACAGAACUGUGUUGAAAACUGUACAUGUGUGACAGAAAACACCAAUUCUUGUAACAAAACAGAUGGAAGUUGUAAUUGUAAAACUGGCUGGAAGGAAGAUAACUGUGAAACAGAUAUUAAUGAAUGUGAAAACACAACACUAUGUCAGACUAAUUCAAAGUGUGAAAACACCAAUGGAUCCUAUGUUUGUGUCUGUGAUGAGGGGUAUUUUAACUCAGCAGAUGUUUGUCAAGUCUGUGGUUCUAACACAUUUGGUAAAGACUGUGCUCAGACCUGUAGCUGUGUUGCAACCAAUACAGAUUCCUGUAACACUGUUGUUGGUAGUUGUACAUGUAAAAGUGGUUGGAAUGGAGCUACUUGUUCUGAGGAUGUUAAUGAGUGUACAAUAACUCCCUAUAUAUGUAACAUUACAUCUAAUUCUGAAUGUAACAAUUCAAAUGGUACCCAUGAGUGCAAUUGUGUUACUGGAUACCAGAAAAUAGCUGAUGAAAGUUGCCAAGAAUGUGACAGUGCAAACUAUGGAGAUAGCUGUUCUCAGGCCUGUACUUGUAUUAUGGCCAAUACAAUGGACUGUAACAAUGUUAAUGGUAGUUGUACUUGUAAAAAUGAAUGGAAGGGAGCCAACUGUGACAUGGACAUAAACGAAUGUGAUGAUGCAACAACUUGUGACGGCAUUCCCUAUUCAACUUGUCAAAAUUCAGUUGGUUCUUACGAUUGUGUAUGUAAUGCUGGAUAUCAGAAAAAUUCUUCUAAUCUCUGUGAUAACAUUAAUGAAUGUGGAAGUAGUAGUUUGAACAACUGUACAGAGAACGCUUCCUGUUUUGACACAGAUGGCAGUUUUGAUUGUGUUUGUGACUCAGGCUAUACUGGUCAAGGAGAUGUAAAUUGCACAGUGAGUGUUCCAACAACAACAUAUACACCUGUAUCUGGUGAAUUAAAAGUAGAAGUAAUCCUUACCAUAGAUGUAACGCCAAGUGGAGAUUUAUCCAAUGAAAAUACUGUGUACUAUCAAGAUUUAAUUGCUGAGACUUUAACAGUUUUGACAACUUACUACUCUUCUUCAGCUGCAACAAAAGACAAUUUCAUUAAAGUAGUUGUGUAUACAAUAAGCCGAGGAAGUUUAGUUGUGAAUCAUGCAGUCAUAUUGAAUUCAACAUCUACGACUGGCCCAAAUCAAGUUGCUGCUGCCACAAACAAUCUUGUAAAUGGUGGUGAUAAACUGACAUUUAGUGCAGGUCAAACCGCUCCAGUUACUGCUGGUGCCACUAAGUCUGCCAUUUAUGCACCAGGAGGAAAUAAUGCUACAGUUACGGAAUCUACAACUCUUUGUGACACAUUCAAUACAUUGAACACAUGUCCAACAAGUCAGGAAUGUUCUAUCAAUGGUAAUGGCGUACCAUAUUGUGGGCCAAUAGAGAGUACUGUGAGUGUUCCAACAACAACAUAUACACCUGUAUCUGGUGAAAUAAAAGUAGAAGUAAUCCUGACUAUAAAUGUAACACCCAAUGAUGAAAUAAACAAUGAAAAUUCUGCGAACUAUCAAAAAUUAUUCAAUGAGACUUUUAUAGUGUUGACAAAUUACUACUCUUAUUCAGCUGCAACAAAAAACAAUUUCGUUAAAAUUGUCGUGUAUAGAAUAAGCAAAGGAAGUUUAGUUGUGAAUCAUGCAGUAAUAAUGAAUUCAACAUCUACGACUGGCCAAAAUCAGGUUGCUGCUGCCACCCAUAAUCUUGUAAAUGGGGGUGCUACAGUGAAAAUUGGUCGUGAUACAGCAGGUGCAACUACUGCUGCCAUUUAUGCAUCAGGAGGAAAUGCUACAGUUACAACAUCUACAACUAUUUGUGGCCUAUUCAAUACAUUGAACAUAUGUCCAACAGGUCAGGAAUGUUCUAUCGAUGGUAAUGGCGUACCCUAUUGUGCGCCAAUUGAGAGUACAGAUAAUUUUCCACUGAUAGUAGGCCUUGGCGUUGGAAUUCCUUUGUUUUUCAUAGUUCUAGCAUUAAUCAUAGUCCUAUGUGUAUAUAACAGUAAACGUCAUAAAAGUAACUCGUUAGACGAUGAUGAUUUAGACAGAACAAUGCAUGCUCAUGAAGGAUUUUUUACUGGUGCUAUGCCUGGUCGAUUCAAUAGCUGGAAUCGCCCUGGUGAUAGUGCAUUCCAUGGUCGUUGGGAUGAUGAGUCUGUCGAUUCAGAAAUAGAAGCGUAUGAUAAUGAGAUGUUUCGUGGAAAAGAGAUCUAUGUGUAUGAUGACAAUAAAGGAGGAAAACCUGCUUCAUUUUCAUGGGAUUUUAUUUUCCGAAGUUUACCUGGUAAUGGUCAGUAUCGUAUAAAGAGACCAGAAACAAAUCCAAAACCUAACCCAGUUUUUUCGAAGACAGGUGGAGGUCCGUCAACUAAUGCAUAGAUGACUUAGAAUAGUUCAAUACAUUUUAUCAAGUGUUCCUCUAAGAGGGCUUCCAUAUACUCAUGUGCCAAUAUUAGACAUGUUAGAGAUAUUCUUCAUCUAAUGAAAUAGAGACAUGAAAACAUUGACAUUGAAUAAUGUGCUUUGUGAAUUAUGUAAUCAUUAUAUUCUAUGUCCCAAUUUCAAAAUCAUGUGUUUUAAAAGUGAGGCAUAUAGCAUGUAUAUGCAGCUGAUUUGUGAAGUCAGCUGUAAGUAAAAAUUUCAUAUAUUUUAGAAUAAUGAUCUUUAUAUGCUGCUCAAUUGUUAUUACUUUAUAGGUAAAAUAUUAUAAUAUAAUAAAU